AUGCUCAAGUUAGCACUGGAUGCCUGGCUCCGCAUCUCCCUUUGCGCCGGUGCGCUCCUCGCUGCCGUCUCCUCCGUACCCCAGUGCAAGAACGAUGACCUCCGGGUCUCCCUUCCUCGGAUGGAUCCUGCCCUCUCCUUCACCAACCUCAACGUCGACGUUCUCACUGCCUGGAGCGCUUCCUUCACCCUCAGCAGCCUCCCCGAUCGCGUCAGCUGCACAGCUCGGCUUGCUCUCUUUUGCCAAGGGGCGCAGGCGUCGGAGGAUGAGGCCCUGUCGUUCAACGUCGCCUUUCGCAAGAAUCACUCUGCUGCCUUGACACUGUGCGAUGCCAAUGCUGUUCGCCCCCUCGUUUCUUUGCGUAAGGAAGGGCAAGUUGGUUACUACGAGCUCAACUUCGAGCUCCCCAAGGCAGAGCCGCUCGACCUCAACGGCUGCCAAGAGUGCGGCUGCAGCGGGGAAUACCGACUGCUCAUCUCAAGGAACGUGACGGACACCAGCGUGGUGGAUGCGAGAGGAACGGUGGCGAUGCGGAAGGAGAUGUGGCAGCUGUUUCCCACCAGCGGAGGGUUGCAGCCGCUCGCUGAGUGGAGGCUUGCGUACAAGGCUGUCAACUAUCCGUUCGAGGAGGGCACGGCGCCUCUACUCGACACUCUCCUCUUCCUUGGCCCCUUCCCGCUCGCAGUCGAGCCGGUAGACAUGUCGACGCCGGCAUGCGAGAGGAGCGACGUUGCAAGCGCCAUGAGCGCGUUGAACGCGUGGGCGAAGUGA